AUGACCGUCACCAUCAUACCCCCGGUCACCAAGGACGACUUUUGGGCUACGCUCGAGUCUGCCUGGCACGGCAUCGAGGACGAUGGCGCCCGUGCACGCCUCGUCGACGCCACCCUCCCGCACAGCGAGCGUGAGGAGGCUGCCCAACACCUCGGAUCCAACGGUCUCAUUGACAAGAUGCUCGCCAACCUCAAGGCCUUGCUGUUACCAUACUCCUCUGAGCGCCUGCACGAAUGGGACACGCACCUCGAACGCGCGCAGUACGACAUCGACCGCGAGGACGUGCACGAGGCCCUGGACGGUAGCGACGAUGGCUUCCUCUACAACCGUGGCUUUGUCGUUGCCUGUGGCAAAAAGUACUACGACGCUGUCAACAAGGAGCCUGGAACGUAUGGCUUGUGCGACUUUGACGCCGAGGAGAUGUGCUACUUCCCCAUGCACCUCUGGAACGAGAAGACUGGCGAGUACCCCGACUGGCCGCGCAGCGGAAUCAGCCGCGAAAGCAACAGCAAUGCCGCGGGAUGGUCGUAG